CCAAUAUGGCUGCGUCCAGUUGAAACGCUACCUGCUGUAUGAGUUUAAAAUAACAGUUUUUUUUUAUUUCAUUUUAUUUGAAGUGAAUACAUUCGAAUACAUAAGAACAGCAUGGCGAUUCCUGACAAGACUGUGUGAGCUGUCAUAUACUUCUGCGAUGCCUUCACUCAAUGCUAUGUCAUGUUUGCAAAGGUUGCACACCUGCUACAUUGCUCUCUUCAAAAACAGUUCCCAUCACUGGACUGUGUUUUCUCAGAGCAGAGCUUUGCACUACACUGCCUGUGAACUGCAAAGCUCAAGCCCAGACUCUUCUUCCACCGUCAGCAGUGUACACCAGACACAGACUGUCCCAGAACCUGUGGACGAGGGCCCUCCAUCUCCCCCCCGCCACUGCUGCAUGAGCGGCUGUCAUAACUGUGUGUGGAUCGAACAUGCUGAAAAACUGCUGAAAUAUUACAGCGAUGGUGGAGACAGAGCUCUGGCAGCCAUUGAGGAGAACGUUCUCGAUGACAACCUGAAGGCUUAUCUUAAAAUGGAGAUCAAGUUGCUGAAGAAGUCCUGAUGAUAGUGAACUUGGGUGGAGAUUUACUGAGAGCAGAUUCAGAGUGUUUCAUAGCAGCAACUAUUUGGACGUUUUUAAUGGGUGAGUCUGUCAAAAACACGUCCCGGUCAUAUUUCACCUCAAAAUCAAAAGGAAAAACAUAUAUGUUUUAUUGCACAAAGACUAUAAAU